UUCCCUCAUUCCUCUUCCCCUCUGGCCCACGGCCAGGAGGAAAUACGGGGGGAUGAGAGAUGGAGUGGGUGUGUGGGUAGAGCGAUGGGUGUGUGUGUGGGUUGUGUGUGUGCGUGCGCAUGUGCGUCUCUGUGUGUGUACGUGUGUGUGUGUGUGUGCAUGCGCGUGUGCACUGAAUGGUGGGUUUGUUUGAGCACUCUUUGGAUUGGGGAAAUUCAGGUCGCCGUGUAAACCUGGCCAGGAUUUGCAGUAGGUGUUGGUUCUGCAUAACUGGCGUUGGGGGACCUAAUGGGAGCGAUAGAUAAAUAGCACACAUAUAUGCAGGGUAUUACAAUACCAGCCCCUUGUGUAAGGCAUAAUGAAAUGCUCGCUAGUCCUAGCUUGCUUGUCAGGAACCAAUUACACCCUGCUGUUAGACCCAUUUGCUGCUUGUCUUGUGGCUAUACCUCACUUUGCACUGUUGCACUUGAGAGAGUUUUUUUUUUUUUCAAUGGUUAAUUUCUUUAUAGCAAAUACAGGCUGUGCAAAACUCCUACAAGAGCUGGUAUGCACAGCACAAGGUCCUGAGAGUACAUAAAGUAAAUAAUAAUUGUAUGCAGCUGUCAGCCUCUACCGUCAUAGUGAGUCAUACUAUUUAGACUGAGACUCAGUUGACUAUUUUAUUCCUUUACUUCAGCUGUUACAACUCUCCACGAAAAAAUGUGGUAUGGCUUGUACAGUCAAAUCGAAAAGAUUGCACACAUGAGUGUAUAUUCUCUGUAAACAUAAUUGAUGUGAUGUUAGUAAAUCUCUUACCACUGCUAUGGCUCCUCUUUGUGAGACAGUGACCUAUUAGACUUUUUACAUCUGUGCAGUGCAUACAAAUCACCCAGUCUAACUCCAUGAACGAAAAAAAACCCCAAUGCCCUCUCUCUAAUAUGACAGGCAGCAUUAAAAGAAAACGUGUUUUCAGAAGAAAAUAAUUUGCAUGCAGACGGACUAUUAUGCCGAUAAGAACACCAAAAUUCCGAUUGUGAGAUUACCCAUGAAGUUAGAAAAAAAAGUUGUGCAGCCCAUUGCUUUGGUAGAAGGACAAACUCUGCUCCUCGGGGGGAGUUGAAGGCACAGAGGACCUUCGUUUUCUAGUCUCUUCUUUCAUUUCAUGCUCUGCCUCUCUCCGAAAAGCUGGUCUUCUGUUACAGUGUAUACCUUUCGGAUAAUGAAUAUGGUGUCUCCAACGACGCGACUAUUGAUUUUCUCCUGGUUAAUCUUUCCUCUUUAUGAAGCCGAGAAAAUGAGACACAGAGGACUCCGUCAGAAGGAUGCGGAAUACAUCGAAAAAUGCACUGACGGCGACUCAGACAAACAGAACUGCACCAGACAAUCAGAUGAAGCCCAAACUACCCACUAUAAAAUGUAUUCCGGCUGUGUCCAAGGACCUGCGGGCAUUCCAGGCCGAGAGGGGAAUCCAGGUGUGAAUGGCAUUCCUGGAACCCCAGGUGUGCCGGGCCGCGAUGGGGCAAAGGGUGAGAAGGGCGAGUGUGUGAGCGAAAUCUUCGAGGAGCCCUGGAAACCCAACUACAAGCAGUGCGCAUGGAAUUCCCUCAACUAUGGCAUUGACCUGGGCAAAAUUGCAGAGUGCACGUUCACCAAGCUGCGCUCGGACAGCGCCCUGCGCGUGCUCUUCAGCGGCUCCCUGAGGCUCAAGUGCAAGUCGGCCUGCUGCCAGCGCUGGUACUUCACCUUCAACGGGGCCGAGUGCGCCGGCCCACUGCCCAUUGAGUCCAUCAUCUACCUGGACCAGGGCAGCCCCGAGAUCAACUCCACCAUCAACAUCCACCGGACAACCGCAGUUGAAGGACUGUGCGAGGGGGUCCGCUCCGGCCUGGUUGAUGUCGCCAUAUGGGUGGGCACCUGCGGCGACUAUCCCCGCGGCGACGCCUCCACAGGAUGGAACUCCGUUUCCAGGGUGAUCAUCGAGGAACUGCCUAAAUAAAUAAUCCUUUUUCCACGUUUUUACAAUGUAAGAGACCAAACCAAGCCCUAUAUGUGCGUGAAGAAGUUACUUCUACAAAAGGAACUGUCGGUCAGGUAUCAAAUAUUACUGAUAUCAAAUAUUAUGACUUUCAGUAUGAUGUCAAUGAUAUCAAUAACACUACUGUGAUGACAACUGUAACAUUUUUGUCAGGUUUAAUCAAUUGUGUGACAAGUCAGAGAUGACUUAUAAACACAGUAAACUUCUACUGUGAAAGUUCCUUAUUGCACAAUUGGGCUCUGUUACUAUUCUUGACUUUUAUACACAUCUGUUAAUAAAAUAAUU